AUGCAAAUGACGGGUGCAGUGUGCGACUUUUGUGAGGCAUUCAUCUGUCACGGAAGAAAAUGCCUAACGACACAUCCUUGCACUUGCCCGCUGCGUGAUGCUCAGUGUCUGGAAUGCAAACGAGGAGUCUGGGAUCACGGAUCAAAUUUCUUCGUUGAGAAGCGUGGUAAAAACACAUUUUCAGGUGGAAGGGUGUACCAGUGUGCAUUCUGCCAAAAUUAUUUGUGCGAAGAUGACCAGUUUGAACACCAAGCUUCCUGUCAGCAGAUUGAUCGUGAAAAUUACAAGUGUCUUUCUUGCAAUCGUCACGGUCUGUAUACGUGUAUGCGGUGUAAAAUUUGUUUCUGUGCAGAGCACAUCCGUAAGAAAGGUUUUAAAUAUGACAAAAUUGUGAAGGAAUUGCCGUGCCCGAAAUGUGGUUAUGGUACCAGCGAAAUGAAGGAUUUCAGUGUCUCAGGUUUGCAGCCUGAUUUCAAAUACCAAGAUUACAGGAAAAUCUAG